AUGGCAUUUUCCUCUUCAUUAGCCUUAAAAAAGGCAUCCCAGUUGAGUGAACCAGCCUCUACCAUUUCUGCUGCACCUGCAUUAUUGCCUUAUCCUCCAUUAUCUGCGCCACCACCAGCUCUAUCACCAGAUAUUGCUCCACUUUUUCCCUCUCCAGGUGGCUCUGAGCUUUCUCCAAGUGAGUCCUCAAUGCCUACUAUUCCUUCCAGCCCCAGCCCCCCAAAUCCUGAUGUAAUGGCAGCUCCAGGCCCCGGAGUCGCACUUCCGCCAGAGGGGCUCCUGCCGGAUUCCUCUGCAUUGGCUCUAAACUUGCAGGGAUCUGUAUGUUUCAUUUUGGCUCUGUCUCUGGUAGCAUUUUGA